AUGUCAUCCCACGGGCUAUCCAAGAACGAGGCAUUCAAGUUCUUCAGCAACUUGAAUUCCCAAGACAAGCCAGCGGCUGCUGGCGACCAGAAGCCGCUUCACAAGGACCCUCAGGCCCGCCCCCCAGCCGCCGCAAGCAAUGCUGCUCGUCCUGGGCCCAAGGGAACUGCCGAAUCGAGUGUCACCAGCAGCCGCCAUCCCAAGACCCCAGACACUACCGAGCACCAUCCCGAGGCCCUGGGCGACGCUCAUUCUCGACCAGCAGACAUUCCGGUGGCGAUCAGCACCCCCGUCCGAUUCGACGCUGUCACGGCGCCCAGUGCACUUCCAGCUCAAGGCGAAAGCGCAAUCCAGUUGACUUUCGGACCGUCGUCUGCCACACAAUCCUCUGCCGUGAGCGUCCCUGCCAAAGAGGCACUCCCCGCACCCGCACCCGUACCUCCGCCAUCCGAGAUCUCGGUGGUUCCUCCCAGCGAGCGGAUAUGCCCUCGUUGCCUCGAGCAUGCUGAGCCUCUGGAUGGACUUGCCGCCCGCCUCGAGCAGGCAGCAUUGGUGCUCAAUCGAUGCAGCAGCCCCAGCAACCAAGGCGAUGUUUCAUCGGCAUCGUAUUCGCAACUACUUCCACUUGUCGAGAGACUCGAGGCUGUAUUUGCGACUCCAUCCGACCGAGGCCUACAAUCCAAGGACGCUGCAGCACUCGAGGAGCUGGUCGGUCGCCUUCAGAAAGCGUCGGCGAGCAUUGAGGCACUCGAACGAGUUUGGGGAAGCAAGUUGGCUGCAAAGGAGGAGGAGCUUCAAGAAGCUCGCCGUGAGAUCGAGAGACUCCGAUCGGGUGGUGGACGCUGACGACUGGGGAUACAUUCUGCUGGCCGUGGAGCGGAGGGGUUUCGGAAGGCUGAGUGAUAUUUCGACACUCUUGGAGACACCGUAUCGGCAUGUGUGUAUUCAAGAUCCAGCCACACUCGAUCAAAGGCCACAAGACAAGAACGUCUCGUUUCAUUUCGUGAGCACCAGCAGUGAGUACUUGUAGUGAGCGAUUGUAGUGGCCCUAGAUUCAAGAAAUGUGGUUGUUGGUCGACAGGAAGGCAACCAGAAUGCGCAUCGACCCUAUUCGUAGGAGGCAAAUACAUCUGGUUGAGCGGUCGAUGGACAAGAGCGUCUGUCGCGCAGAUAUCGAUCCGCGUCGCCGAUCGCAUCGAACAUCCGCUCGUAGUAUCGGAUCGCUGCCGCUGCCGCUUUGCGCGAGAAUUGAGCCGGUCUCUCACAGCAGAUAAGGCACAAACGGUGGCCACGUACGAUGGACGUUGGAUUUGAGACU